CUUGUGCCAGUGAACUGCAGGUACUGAUGAAACAGACAGGUACUGAGUGAAAGAAGAAGAUACAGCAGACGUGACUGCAGGUUUUGAUGAACAUUGAAAGACACGACUCUCCCAAACCUGAGCCUGAGCCUGAGCCUGGACUCAGCUCUGUGACUAUGAGGGAGAGAUCCAGUCCACAGGGAGACCGCCCUGACUUUAAAAACAGGAAACUGUCUCCUGAUGAGAAAGAGACACCAGAUGCUUCUAAACCUGGACCAUGCUGUGUGUCUUUGAAGAGUGAUCGGUCAAAGAAUUGCAGCAUCAACUUUAAAGAACCAAAGUCUGCUGCUGCUGAGACAGCUGAUCUGGAGAGUUCAGAUGUUUCAAGUCUUCAGCAUCAAACUGAUCUGGACUCAGUAUUUAAGAUGCUGGAGGAAAACAUUAUCAUGUUUGUGAAGAAUGAACUAAAGAAGCUGCAGAAUGAUCUGAAUCCAGAUUAUUCAGAGUGUCAGAGGGAUGAAGAGGAGGUGUUGGACAGUGAGGAAGAGAAGCAGAGAAGGAGCAGCAGAGAGGCAUUUCUGAAACUUGCAGUUAACUUCCUGAGAAUAAUGAAACAGGAGGAGCUGGCUGACUGUCUGCAGAGCAAAAGUCCUGAUCCACUUUGUGAGAAUACAUUUAAAUGUAACCUAAAGAAGAAGUUCCAGUGUGUGUUUGAGGGGAUCGCUAAACCAGGAACCCGAAUCACUCUAAAUGAGAUCUACACAGAGCUCUGCAUCACAGAGGGAGGGACCGGAGAGGUCAACACUGAACAUGAGGUCAGACAGAUUGAAAUGUUUUCUUGGAAACCAAACAGACCAGAAACAACAAUCAGGUGUGAAGACAUCUUUAAAGCUUCGACUGAAAGAGACAAACCAAUCAGAACAGUUCUGACCAAAGGAGUGGCUGGCAUCGGGAAAACACUCCUGACACAAAAGUUCACUCUGGACUGGGCUGAAGACAAGACCAACCAGGACAUCCAGUUCAUUUUUCCAUUCACAUUCAGAGAGCUGAAUUUACUGAAGGAUAAAAAGUUCAGCUUAGUGGGAUUUAUUCAUCACUUCUUUACUGAAAUCAAAGAAGCAGGAAUCUGUAACUUUAAAAAGUUCAAAGUUGUGUUCAUCUUUGAUGGUCUGGAUGAGUGUCGACUUCCUCUGAACUUCCACAUCACUGAGAUCCUCACUGAUGUUACAGAGUCCACAUCAGUGGAUGUGCUGCUGACAAACCUCAUCAGGGGAAAGUUGCUUCCUUCUGCUCACAUCUGGAUAACCACACGACCUGCAGCAGCCAAUCAGAUCCCUGCUGAGUAUAUAGACAUGGUUACAGAGGUCAGAGGGUUCACUGACCCAAAGAAGGAAGAGUAUUUCAGGAAGAGACUCAGAGACAAGGAAGAGGCCAACAGCAUAAUCUCUCACAUCAAGACAUCACGAAGCCUCCACAUCAUGUGUCACAUCCCAAUCUUCUGCUGGAUCACUGCUACAGUUCUAGACAGUCUGUUAAAAACCAAACAGGCUGGAGGAAAGCUGCCCAAGACACUGACUGAGAUGUACAUUCACUUCCUGGUGGUUCAGACCAAAGUGAAGAACAUCAAAUAUGAUGGAAGAGCUGAGACAGAUCCUCUCUGGAGUCCAGAGAGCAGGAAGAUGAUUAAAGCAGUGGGGAAACUGGCUUUUGAGCAGCUGCAGAAAGGAAACCUGAUCUUCUAUGAAUCAGACCUGACAGAGUGUGGCAUUAAUCACAGAGAUGCCUCAGUGUACUCAGGAGUGUUCACACAGAUCUUUAAAGAAGAGAGAGGACUGUACCAGGAUAGGGUGUUCUGUUUUGUCCAUCUGAGUGUUCAGGAGUUUCUGGCAGCUCUUCAUGUCCAUCUGACCUUCACCAACUCUGGUAUCAACCUGCUGAAAGAAGAAGAAACAGCCUCAGCGCAGACUGACGAGUCUUCAGUAAGACAGUUCUACCAGAGUGCUGUGGACAAGGCCUUACAGAGUCCAAAUGGACACUUGGACUUGUUUCUUCGCUUCCUCCUGGGUCUUUCACUGCAGACCAAUCAGACUCUUUUACAAGGCCUGUUGAUACCAAAAAGAAACAUCUCACAGACCAAUCAUGAAACAGUCCAGUACAUAAAAAAUAAACUGAAUGAGAAUCUCUCUCCUGAAAAAAGCAUCAAUCUGUUCCACUGUCUGAAUGAACUGAAGGAUGACUCUCUAGUGAAGGAGAUCCAACGUCAUCUGAGUUCAGGUAGCCUGUCCAUAGUUGAUCUUUCUCCUGCCCAGUGGUCAGCUCUGGUCUUUGUCCUGCUGUCAUCAGAAGAAGAGCUGGAGGAAUUUGAUCUGAAGGAAUACUCAGCUUCAGAGGAGGCUUUUUUGAGGCUGUUGCCAGUGAUCAAAGACUCCAAAAAAGUUCUGUAA